AUGGGCUCAUCUCUUCUUGUGUCUAUCGGUUUUCAAUACAGUUUCCCUUGUAUUUUGGGUUGGUCCUUCAUUAUAUAUAUAUAUAUUUAUAUACUUAUUGUAUUUCUAGUCAAUUGUUCUCGACUUUUAGUUGUUGCUCAUUUCUUAACAGGACACCAGAUCAGCAUACACACUAUACAUUUAUAUAUAUAUACCCCAAAGAUGGCUACUACAAACAGCAACAAAAGAUUCCUUUUCACUUCCGAAUCCGUCGGUGAAGGUCACCCAGAUAAGAUCUGUGAUCAAGUCUCAGAUGCCAUCUUAGACGCAUGUCUUGCUCAAGAUCCAUUAUCUAAAGUUGCAUGUGAAACUGCCGCUAAAACCGGUAUGAUUAUGGUCCUUGGUGAAAUUACCACCAAAGCUGUCAUCGAUUACCAAAAAGUUGUUAGAGAUACUAUUAAGCAAAUCGGUUAUGAUGCUUCUGAAAAGGGUUUCGAUUACAAGACUUGUAACGUUUUAGUCGCUAUCGAACAACAAUCUCCAGAUAUCGCUCAAGGUUUACAUUAUGAAAAAGCUUUGGAAGACUUAGGUGCCGGUGAUCAAGGUAUUAUGUUCGGUUACGCCACCGAUGAAACACCAGAAGGUUUACCAUUAACCAUCUUAUUGGCUCAUAAAUUGAACAUGGCUAUGGCUGACGCAAGAAGAGAUGGAUCUUUGGAUUGGAUUAGACCUGACACUAAGACUCAAGUUACCGUUGAAUAUGAAGAUGACAAUGGUAGAUGGGUCCCACAAAGAAUUGACACCGUUGUUGUUUCCGCUCAACAUGCUGACUCUAUCUCUACUGAAGAUUUAAGAUCUAAAAUCAAGACUGAAAUCAUUGACAAGGUCAUUCCAGCUGAUAUGAUGGAUGCUGAUACUAAAUUCUACAUUCAACCUUCCGGUAGAUUCGUCAUCGGUGGUCCACAAGGUGAUGCUGGUUUAACCGGUAGAAAGAUUAUCGUCGAUGCUUACGGUGGUGCCUCUUCUGUUGGUGGUGGUGCCUUCUCAGGUAAGGAUUACUCUAAGGUCGAUCGUUCUGCUGCUUAUGCUGCUAGAUGGGUCGCUAAAUCUUUAGUUGCUGCUGGUCUAUGUAAGAGAGUUCAAGUUCAAUUCUCUUACGCUAUCGGUAUCGCUGAACCAUUAUCCUUACACGUCGAUACUUACGGUACCUCAACCAAAUCUGAUGAAGAAAUCAUUGCUAUCAUAAAGAAGAACUUCGAUUUAAGACCAGGUGUUCUUGUUAGAGAUUUAGAUUUAGCUAGACCAAUCUACUUACCAACUGCUUCUUACGGUCAUUUCACUAACCAAGAUUACCCAUGGGAACAACCAAAGACUUUAGAGCUUUAA